AUGGCUCAAGAAUUAGCUCUGGCUGGUGCCUCUAAAGUUGUGGAAGAGGCUACAUUAGAUAUAUAUGGUUUGCUUAAACAGCAGAUCUCUUAUGUGCUCAAGUACCAGAACUACAUCAACGGCCUCAAGAAUCAAGUUCAGGAGAUCAGAGAUAAAAAAGAAAUGGUGCAGAGACCUUUCACUGAAGGGGUAGCAAAAUCCAUCAUUGAGGAUGAAGAUAAAGCUUACAAGGGCGGCUGUUUCAAAUUGGGGUCAUGUCCUAAUUUGAUUCAACGUUACAGGCUUGGCAAAAAAGCAAUGAAGGCCAAAAUGGAUGGCACCGAUCUCUGCGGAAAGGGGGACUUCAAUAGUGUUUCUUACCGUCCCGCUUUACAGAGGACAAAAUCCAUGUAUGUUAGAGGCUUCGAGGCCUUUGAUUCUAGAAUGCAAGUUUUGCAGGAAAUUAUGGACACAUUGAAAGAUGCUAAUGUUAACAUGAUUGGGGUGUAUGGGAUGGGAGGUGUGGGCAAAACCACACUAGUCAGAAAAGUAGCUUGGCAGGCCAAGGAAAACAAGUUAUUUGAUGAGGUGGUCAUCGCUGAGGUGACACAAAACCCAGACUACAAAAAAAUUCAAGAAAAAAUUGCUUUUGAUUUAGGCCUGGAAUUUGGACAGGAGAAUGAAUAUGAGAGAGUUGGUCUACUACGUAACAAGAUAAAGAAGGAGAAGAAUGUACUUGUAAUAUUCGAUGAUAUUUGGACUAAGCUUGACUUUGAUGCAAUUGGAAUUCCUUUCGGGGGAGCUGAGAAACAAGGAAAAGAUGACAAGGUGAGGCGAUGCAUGGUAUUGCUAACUUCCAGAAAUCUGGAUGUAUUAAAAAAAGAUAUGAAGAUUCAGAAGAAUAUCCCUGUUUAUCCUUUAUCUGAUGGAGACUCAUGGAAUUUGUUUGGGAAGAUUGUGGGUGAUUUGGCAGAAAACCCUGAUUUUCAUUAUGUAGCAAUUCAGAUAGUUGCCAAAUGUGCAGGUUUACCGGUUGCUAUUUCAACAAUUGCACAUGCAUUGAAAAAUGAGAGUCUUAACGCUUGGGAAGAUACCUUGGCUCAACUAAAAAGGUCUAAUCCAAGAUGCCUUCUAGAUAUGGAUGAAACUUUGUUCUCUACUAUAGAACUGAGUUACAAUUUUUUGAAAAAUGAGGAAGCAGAAACACUGUUUCUUCUUUGUGCUCUACAAAAUGCAGGCAGUAGAAUGUACAUUGCUGACUUAUUGAAAUACAGUAUGGGUUGGAGUUUGUUUGGAGAUGGUUAUACAUUAGAAGAAGGAAGGAAUAGAUUGCAUAGGUUGAUAGAUCAUCUGAAAGCUCGCUGUUUAUUGUUGGACGACGAUGAAGAUGACAACAGAGUUAAAAUGCAUGACAUUAUUCAUGCUGUUGCUGUAUCGAUUGCAUCAAAAGAUAAGCUCAUGUUUAAUAUUCAAAAUGUCACUAGCUUGAAGGAAGUAUUGGAGGAGAAAAAAGAUUCAAACGCUAUAUCUUUGCCGUAUAGAGAUAUUUAUGAUGAGCUUCCUGAAAAGUUGGAAUGUCCGAAACUCAAGUUGUUUUUCCUAUUUGUGAAAAACAAAAAUCUACAAAUCCCAGAUGCUUUUUUUGAAGGAACAAGUGAACUGAAAGUUAUAGAUUUGACCGGAAUACAAUUGUUUUCAUUACCUUCAUCCCUUUAUUGCCUAAAGAACAUACGAACGUUGUGUUUCUACGAUUGCCUGCUAGGAGAUGUAGCAAUAGUCGGAAACCUAACGACAUUAGAGGUCCUUAGCUUUGAGGGAUCUGAUAUUGAACAGUUGCCUGGAGAAAUCAGACAAUUGACUCGGCUGAAGUUGUUAGAUUUGAGCAAUUGUUUAAACCUUAGAUACAUUGCCCCAAAUGUCAUCUCCUGCUUGUCUCAAUUAGAAGAGCUAUAUAUGGGCAAUAGCUUUGUUCAAUGGGAGGUUGAAGGAGUCGAUAAUCAAGGACGAAGAAAUGCUAGUCUUGGAGAGUUAAAGCGGUUGUCUAACCUAACAGCUUUACAUCUUCAUAUUCAGGAUGCUGGAGUUAUGCCACGAGACUUGUUCUUUAAGAAGUUGAAAAGUUAUAAGAUAUUUAUAGGAGAUAAAUGGAAGUGGUCCCAUAAAUAUGACCUUUCAACUUCAAGAAUGCUCAAACUCAAGAUCAACAAUAGUACUUGUUUGGGGCUUGGGAUUAAAGCUUUGUUGAAGAUGACUGAAGAUCUUUCUCUAGAGGAAAUGAAUGGUGUUAGAAAUGUUCUUUAUGAAUUCGAUAUGGAUGGUUUUCCACAUUUGAAGCAUCUGCUUGUAAAAGAUUGUCUGGAGCUUUUAUGUAUCAUUAAGUCAGUUGCUUGGAAUCUAGCCUUUCCCAAAUUGGAGUCCUUCAUCCUUCGUAAUUUGAUUAAUUUGGAGAAGAUAUGCCGUGGCCAACUCAAUGCAGGGUCGUUCAGCAAAUUAAGGAUAAUGAAAAUAGAAAAAUGUGAUAGAUUGGAGUAUCUCUUUGCAUCUUCCGUGGCAAAAAACUUUACUCAGCUACAAGAAAUUGAAGUGACUGAUUGUAAGAACCUAAAAGAGAUUUUUGGUGAAGAAAGUACAGACCAUGGUGAUGAAAUUGAAACAAAUGAUAAGAUUGACUUCAAUCAAUUGUGUUCUCUAACACUACAACGUCUACCACAGUUCAUAAAGAUUGGUUCUGACAUGAGGUCAAUGCUUAAAAAGCUUAACCGUGGAGGAGUGUAA